GAGCCCUUAAAGGGCAAUGCUGUGCGUGUGCCACAGUGCACAAUGGCAUCUCGUGCCAGCUGAGCUGGGGUGUGUGGGCUCGGGGAAUGGACCAGGCUGGACAACCUCUAAGGCUUGGCUCCAGGUCAGCCUGUGAAAGCCUGUGAAGGAAUCACCUCUUUGGUCCCCACCUCUGCCCCUGAGUGCUCGACCCAGGGAGGAAGACACCCCAUGGACCAGUCAGACGCCCCCUGCUCCAGCGCCGGGCCGCGCUUCGCCGUGGCCCGCGAGCUGCUCCAGGCCGCGCUGGAGGACCUGAGCCAGGAGCAGCUGAAGCGCUUCCGCCACAAGCUGCGCGACGUGCGCUCGGAUGGACGCAGCAUCCCGUGGGGGCGGCUGGAGCGCGCGGACGCGAUGGACCUCGCUGAGCAGCUGGCGCAGUUCUACGGCCCGGAGCCCGCGCUGGAGGUGGCCCGCAAGACCCUGAAGCGGGCGGACGCGCGCGACGUGGCGGCGCAGCUCCAGGAGCAACGGCUGCGGCGGCUCGGCCUCGGCCCCGCGGCGCAGGUCUCCGUGUCCGAGUACAAGAAGAAGUACCGCGAGCACGUGCUGCGGCGGCACGCGCGGGUGAAGGAGAGGAACGCCCGCUCCGUGAAGAUCACCAAGCGCUUCACCAAGCUGCUCAUCGCGCCGGAGAGCGCCGCCGCGUUGGAGGAGGCGCUGGGGCCUGCGGAGGAGCCGGAGCCGCAGCGCGCGCGGCGCUCGGACACCCACACGUUCAACCGCCUGUUCCGCGGCGACGAGGGGGGCCGGCGGCCGCUGACCGUGGUGCUGCAGGGCCCGGCGGGCAUCGGCAAGACCAUGGCGGCCAAGAAGAUCCUGUACGACUGGGCGGCGGGCAAGCUCUACCAGGCCCAGGUGGACUUUGCCUUCUUCCUGCCCUGCGGCGAGCUGCUGGAGCGGCCCGGCGCGCGCAGCCUGGCCGACCUGAUCCUAGACCAGUGCCCCGACCGCGGCGCGCCGGUGCAGCAGAUGCUGGCGCAGCCCGAGCGGCUGCUCUUCAUCCUGGACGGCGCGGACGAGCUGCCGGCGCUGGGGGGCCCCGAGGCCGCGCCCUGCACGGACCCCUUCGAGGCGGCGAGCGGCGCGCGGGUGCUGGGCGGGCUGCUGAACAAGGUGCUGCUGCCCUCGGCCCUCCUGCUGGUGACCACGCGUGCCGCCGACCCCGGGAGGCUGCAGGGCCGCCUGUGCUCCCCGCAGUGCGCGGAGGUUCGCGGCUUCUCCGACAAGGACAAGAAGAAGUAUUUCUACAAGUUCUUCGGGAACGAGAGGAGGGCCGAGCGCGCCUACCGCUUCGUGAAGGAGAACGAGACGCUGUUCGCGCUGUGCUUCGUGCCCUUCGUGUGCUGGAUCGUGUGCACCGUGCUGCACCAGCAGUUGGAGCUCGGCCGGGACCUGUCGCGCACGUCCAAGACCACCACGUCCGUGUACCUGCUUUUUGUCGCCAGCGUGCUGAGCUCGGCUCCCGCAGCCGACCGGCCCCGGGUGCAGGGCGACCUGCGCAAGCUGUGCCGCCUGGCCCGCGAGGGCGUCCUCGAGUGCAGGGCGCAGUUUGCAGAGGAGGAACUGGAGCAACUGGAGCUUCGUGACUCCAAAGUCCAGACGCAGUUUUUUAGCAAGAAGGAGCAGCCGGGCGUGCUGGAGACGGAGGUCACCUACCAGUUCCUCGACCACAGCUUCCAGGAGUUCCUCGCCGCACUGUCUUACCUGCUGGAGGACGAGGGCGUGUCCGGGACCGCGGCCGGCGGCGUGGGGACACUCCUGCGUGGGGACGCCCAGCCGCACAGCCACUUGGUGCUCACCACGCGCUUCCUCUUCGGACUGCUGAGCGCAGAGCGGAUGGGCGACAUCCAGCGCCACUUCGGCUGCAGGGUCUCGGAGCGUGUGAAGCAGGAGGCCCUGCGGUGGGUGCAGGGACAGGGCUGCCCGGGAGCGGCACCAGAGGUGACCGAGGGGGCCAAAGGGCUUGAGGACACGGAGGAGCCGGAGGAGGAGGAGGAGGAGGAGGGAGAGGAGCCCAACUACUCGCUGGAGCUGCUGUACUGCCUGUACGAGACGCAGGAGGACGCGUUUGUGCGCCAGGCCCUGAGCCGGCUCCCCGUUCUGGCGCUGCAGCGAGUGCGUUUCAGCCGCAUGGAUGUGGCUGUUCUGAGCUACUGCGUGAGGUGCUGCCCCCCUGGACAGGCACUGUGGCUGAUCAGCUGCAGACUGGUUGCUGCACAGGAGAAGAAGAAGAAGAGCCUGGGGAAGCGGCUGCAGGCCAGCCUGGGUGGCAGCAGCAGUUCUCGAGCCUCUGCAAAACAACUGCCACCCUCCCUUCUCCAUCCACUGUUUCAGGCGAUGACUGACCCCCUGUGCGGUCUGAGCAGCCUCACGCUGUCCCACUGCAAACUCCCUGAUGCAGUCUGCCGAGACCUCUCCGAGGCCCUGAGGGCGGCCCCCACGCUGAUGGAGUUGAGCCUCCUCCACAACAGGCUCAGUGAGGCCGGCCUGCGUAUGCUGAGUGAGGGCCUAGCCUGGCGCCAGUGCCAGGUGCAGACAUUCAGGGUGCAGCUGUCUGGCCCCCAGCGAGGGCUGCAGUACCUGGUGCCCAUGCUUCGAGAGAGCCCUACCCUGACCACCCUAGAUCUCAGUGGCUGCCAGCUGCCCGCCCCCAUCGUGACCUACCUGUGUGCAGUCCUACAGCUCCCGGGAUGCAGCCUGCAGACCCUCAGUCUGGCCUCUGUGGAGCUGAGCGAGCAGUCCCUACAGGAGCUUCGGGCCGUGAAGAGAGCAAAGCCCGACCUGGUCAUCGCACACCCAGCACUGGACGGCCACCCAGAACCUCCCAAGGAUCUCAGCUCAAUCUUCUGAGGCCCAGGUGCUGGAGCAUGGUGGAAGACCCUAGUCUGAGCGUCUGUGGAGAGAACUGCAGGACCCUGCUCUCGUCUCUGGGAAAUCUUCGAGCCCAGAGGCCCUGGACAGGCAUGUGGGAGGCCCAGACACGGCACCCUGCCCCCCUCUCCACACUCUGGGGACCCCUCCUCCCCCAGCCCCACCACUACUCCACCCACCUUCCUCUCCUGGGACCCUCCAGCCGUUGCCCUUGAAGACCCCCACUCCCACCAAGCCACAGUAACGACGGUGAGAACUCCAAUUAACUAAGCACCUACCAGAGCUGGC